AUGCCAAAUCCUGUCAAACAACGUCGUCGUCCAAUGAAAUCAGGAAACUGGUUUGAUCAAUCUCCCGACAUAUUAUCAUUUACAGCACCACAGUAUCAAGAUAUCCAGAAUAUCUAUCCAUUCUCUCCGGAAAUCCCUUUGUUUCCAUUUCAUAUUCCAUAUCCAGUAUCAGCACCUUUUAUGCCGGAAUCUUUGUUUCAAUCGAUCAAUCAUCAGUCAUUAAUUUUGCCGACAUCAACAGUGUCUACUGCAGUGACAACUACAAGAAGCACUGCGACACUACCUUUACCAGUAUUUCCCACUCUCGCGAUGCAUCCAGAAUUUCAGAAUCUGACUGCUACACCAAAAAAACUGAAGCAGAAGAUGGUAAAUAGCAGCAGAAGGCAUAAUUGUGAUGAAGAUUUUGAUGAUGAUGAUGACAAUUCAAGAAGUAAUUUCAGAAUGAAAUUCGAUUAA